GGCAGACGGCCGGCCCCCUCCAAGGACUACUGCUGUCAGAGCAUUUACGGCCGUGCCGCCGUAAAGCGCUGGAGUGUGGCAGUCUGAGCAACCUGUCUUCGGAACCCCAGACCUGCUGGUGGUGAAAAUAAUUCAGUCCAAAAGAUGUUAGAUGGCUUUAAGCAAUGGCGGCAGCAGCCAGAGAAGGGACAGAACAAAGGGCUAGGAUCCCUUAAGAAUUCAAAACAAGGGACACAGCUCUCAGGUAUGUCAUGUAUAAAAGUGGAUUAAUUCCAUAUAAGUGAAAAUGGCCAAUUCUUUACGAGGAGAAGUACUGACUCUUUAUAAAAAUCUGCUGUAUCUUGGACGGGACUAUCCAAAAGGAGCAGACUAUUUUAAAAGGCGUUUGAAGAAUGUUUUCCUUAAAAACAAGGAUGUGAAGGACCCAGAGAAGAUCAAAGAACUCAUUGCACGAGGAGAAUUUGUAAUGAAGGAGCUAGAGGCCUUAUAUUUCCUUAGGAAAUACAGAGCUAUGAAGCAACGUUACUAUUCAGAUACCAAAAACUGACCAAUCACUGCCACCAGCCUAGCUGACAAUCAGUGCCAGCUGUUUGCCUGUACCAAUUAUUAUACAAUAAUUCAGUUUAAAAGGGCAAGAUACAUGUUUUUUUUUUAAAGUUUCCCUAUUGUACUAAUAUAGGUUUCAACCCUAUUGAUACUGAGAGCUUUGCCCAUAAUCCUUUAUUAUUGAAAUAGUAACAUUAGCACCUUUCAGGAGAAUACAAUUUUGAAAGAAAAUACAUCUAAUUUUUUAACAUAUUAUAGCCAAGUAUUCUAUUUCUUCAUUUACUGAUGAGAUUGUCAUUAGCAAAUGGUGUCUGAUAGGCCUGCCUGCCCUUUAGUUUGUGGAGUGUCUUUGUUUUUGGUUUUGUUACUCCAUCUAGUAUACUGAAGUGCAUUUUCAAGGCUCUCUACAGACACCUCAAAAUGAUUUGAAUGCAGUUACCAAAAUGAGACAUGUGAAGGUGGCUUCGAUCUUGAGCUGCCAAGCAGAAAACUAGCAUUAUGUAGUUAUUAUUCCCAUUACCCUUUGUGCUGCUGGCCUGCCUUAGGUUCCUAAUCUGCUUCAACUGGCCUCCAUGUAGAGUGGUAAUGCUCCUCUAUCUGUGCCAUUAAAGCUGGUGCAUUCUGUGCAGUGGUUAAGAGCACUGACUGCUCUUCCAGAGGUUCCAAGUUCAAUUCUCAGCAACCACAUGGUGACUCACAACCGUCUGUAAUGGGAUCUGAUGUCCUCUUCUUCUGGUGUGUCUGAAGACAGUUACAGUGUACUCAUAUAAAUAAAAUACAAAAAUAAACCUUAAAA